AUGAAGCAAGACGAUUGCUUUGUGGAGCUUUUUAAGCUCCAAAAGAUGUUCGAAAAUUCGUUCCACAUCGCUGGCUCCAGUGAGGCCAACUCCAUAGAAAAAGUGUAUAAUAACGAUUCAGUAUCACUCACCCUUCUGCUUAAACCCACCGAUCCCGACUUUGAUGCAUCCGUCUUAUCCACACCCGAGGGAAUUAGGAUUCAGUUGAAACUCCAUCGCACAUACACCCAGAAGUCCCUGGAUUCCUACACUGAACCUCCUCAAGAUCGCAAAUCAGCCGCCACCAGUGCUGAGUCUGAUAAUUUCACACACCCCAAUGAUUCAGAGAACUGUGAAACCUACUAUUCAAUUGAGGACGCUGAUGAUAUCACGGUCGAGGACCCUCAACUGUCCGAUGCUUUCAAAAAGUCGAUCAAGAAAGUCUUGUAUGAUUUUAUCACUAGGAACCAGAAGCUCAGAAAGUAUAUAAUUUAUGAAUCGUUGAAGUUUUUGGACAAGAACCUGGUCACCAUUUACAACAUUUCAAAUUCCCUAAAAACCAAGUCGGGAGACAUCACAGCUAGCAACCAGCCAACCCAACCAUCUUUAGAGAAUAAACAAGUUGAUCAUGAGUCUGAGUCCCAGAACCAUUCCGGUUCUUCGAAAACCAAUGGCUUGUCAGAAAAAAAUGAAAAGGUGGAACUCCCAUGGACUUUAGAGGAACAGAAGUGUCUGGAAGAUGGGCUGGUGAGAUACAAGGGCACGGCUGACCCCGUGGAGAGGUGGGUUCUGAUUUCGAAGCUGGUCAAGACGAGGAGCCCCGCGGAGUGCAGAAGGAGGUUUAUGCGCUGCAGGGAGGUACUGGUGAAGAAACACAAGCCUCCCGAGCCCGAAAAACAGGAUCCACCAUCUUAUUCACUGGACAAGACUGCUCCCCUCAGUUUCACGGGCCUGGAAAUGACCAAGUUGUCGCUGGGGAUGAUUGGAACGUUUUCAAUGGACGUCGUUUGUCUGAGGUGCGCACACAGGUUGGAAGUGACACUGGCCGACCUCGGAGAAAAGACAGUAGUGUAUAGCAGGAGUUGCGAAAAGUGCGCAAUGCCAAUUCGGUGUGAGUUCACGCCCGCACUGUUCUUUCCGUCCCAACUCACUUUUGGACGGCUGUCGAUGUUGAAUCUGGACUUCAUAGACAUUAACCAUGCCGAGUUUAAGUUGACCUGCGAAGACUGUGAAACACAGUCGAAGAUCAGGGAGCUGAAUGAAGAAGAUGCAUACAUAGACAAUAAAUGUUCAGGGGACAAGAAGAGCCUUAUCUGCAGAGGUUGUUUUAACAAAUUCCUCUUCACGUUCCACGGAGUACAAUUCGGUGAACAGGCAGCGCCGGCACUCGAAACCGUAAUGAAGAAGGUCGUGAAGUAUGAAACUAAAAAGACGCCACAGCCAAAGGGCAUCAAGGUUGGGACGCCGCUCCCGGCGAACGGCACGUGCAAACACUAUAAAAAGUCGUUCAGGUGGUUCAGAUUCCCGUGCUGCGGAAGGCUGUUCCCCUGCGACAUCUGCCACGACGAUGUCAGCGACCACAAGUGCGGACACGCCAACUUUAUCGUCUGCGGACACUGCUCAACGCAGCAGCCCUCCUCAAACAAGGUCUGUAAGUCGUGCACGAAGACAUACACGGCCGCCUCGAGCUCUCACUGGGAGGUAAGCGCUACACAUCAGACAGCACGAGUUAGGGGGGCAAGGGGUGUAGAGACGCCACGAAGCUCAGCAGGAAGGAUUCGAAAAAAUACAAGCUAA